CACUCCCUGGGAGCGUGCAGCACCGCGAUCCGGUGCCCGCUGUGUCCUCCGGACAGUGAAACACCGAUCGUCGGACGGGACCUCGGUCCCGAUCAUGUGAUCACCGAUUGGCCAAUCAGUGAUCACAUGCAAAGUAGUAAGCAAGAUGUCACUUGUGACAUCAUUGCUUACUACGUGUGAAAUCUGUGAAUGAUCACAGAGGUCACAUGGUACAAGGCUAUUCACAACAGCCUUGUACCGUGUGACAAGCUGUGACCAAUCACAGCUCACACAGUA